AUGAGUGAAUUUGGACACAAACGAAUUCACAGCCCUGCUGCUUUCAAAGCCUCUUCCAAAACCACAUCAAGAUCAGCUUCAAGAGGUCCAGGAUCUGAUGAUCAAGACCAUGAUGGAUUACUAAGUGACAUCAACUUUGGUAAUUUGGAUGAAAUCAUUAGUUUAAGAUUGAAUACAUUAUUAAACGAUGAUGAUAAUAACUCUAGUUCAGCGAAAGAUGGAUCCAAGGAUACUGUUAGAUUGAAGUUAAACUCAAUUCCAGAAAUUAUCAAAACUUUACAAAAAUCAAGAAAUGAAGUUUCUUCAAAUGAUCGUGAAUUAUUGUUGAACCAGUUAUACAAUUUAAUUAUUAGAAAACCAACAUUAGAUUCAGAUUAUGAUGACUAUGAAUAUGAACAAGACUUGCUCAACUUACUUAAAGUCUUCCAAAGUGCUAAAUCAAAUGAAUUAGUCUUGGCUGAUAGAGCUAUAACUGCCUUUAUAAUUUCAAAUAUUGAUGAAGCUGGUGCAGUUUAUAGUGAGGAUAAAUCAAUGAACAUUUUAAGCUUAUUAGAGAAGAAAAUUGCUGAUACAAACAUUCCAACUUCUUCAAGACAAUAUCUAAUAUAUUCAUACACUUCAUUAGCAUUAGUAAUUUAUGAUGAAUCAAGUGGGUAUGGUGUUGAUGAAAUGUUUGAAUUUUUGUUGGAAACUUUGUUAGGCUUGGCUGCUGACAUUGGUGAAAAUAUAUCUUUAAUAACUGCAUUGGUGUAUGGAUUAGGUGCACUUUUGACAGUCUUGGUGGAACAUUCCAAUUUGAACGAAUUAAUUGAAAAUAUGGUUGAUUCUACAGUGGAUUUGUUAACUGAUUGUGACUACUUGGAAGUUACUAAACCAAUGGCAAUGCUAUUUGGUCUUGCCUAUGAAAUCUAUAAUUAUGAUGAUGAAUUGGGUGAAACUCUUGAUGAUGAUUUUGAUCCAUUAGAUGAUGCUUUACCUUUUACCAAUACUUAUCAGUUAACCACUAGACUAGAAGAAUUAAUUAAAAGUUCGAGCAAGAAGCUAUCCAAGAAGGAUAAAAAGGAAGGUAGAUCAUUAUUUAGAGAUGUUUUAACCACCAUUAACUUCUAUUCUGAUAAAGAAGCAAGAUUAAACAAACUAUCGUCAAAGAAAUUGAAUGUUGAAGAUGAUUAUGCAAGUCAAGACGAGUUAGUCCUUUCCCAUAUCAAAUUGAGUAAAUCAAGAUCAUUAGCUGUUAAAUCAUGGUUUGCAUUUUUCAGAUUGAUUCAAUUGAAAUGGGUUUUUGGUUCAGGAAUUCAUACACAGUUAGCAAAUAAUUCUAGAUUAUCCAAGAUAAUAAGAGAUAAACCAACAGGUGAUUAUGCUAAUAAGUUUAAGUCCAAUAAUGAAGAAGAUGAGGAACCUGAAUAUUGGACGGAUUCAAGACAAAACAAAUUGACACAUAAAAAGAAGGAUUUGGCAAUUGAUCAUAGAAGAAUGGAGAAACUUCACAUCAGCCUUGAUCAAACAGGUGUAUUGGGGGAUGAUGAAGGUGCCUAA